AUGUGGAAGGGGUUUCAGGGCCUGCAAGCGGUCGUGAAGGAAGGGCUGCAGGAGCUGGGCCGCGAUGCGCUCCGCGAGACAGGCAUGAUCAAGGAAGCCGUUGCGCCUCGGCUAGCCGGGUCGGGCAUCCUGGGAUUGGUGGGAGCUCAGUCGGGAGACGAGCGAGAAGGAGAGGGACGAGAGGAAGAGGAGGAGGACGGAUGGGGUCUGGAGGACGACGAGGGAGAAGUGAAGGCGGAUGAGCGAGUCGAGUCAGGAAAAACCGAAGAGCCAAUUCCCUUGUCGUCGCAUCCUUCCGCCUCCGCACUGGAGCCCUCGCCUGACAUUGAGCCUCGUGGGGAAUCCUCGGACCACCCAGGCUCGGCUGUCGCUCCCGACACGAGCCUUUCCUCGCCGUCGCCUCGCGAGAAUGAUCUUCCCGCUACCGCGUCAUCGGAUAGCGGCAACGGUGGUGCUGUUCCCGAUGCUGUGCCAGAGUCCAGCGGGCUCAUGUCGUUUCUGGAACCCGCGCACGAACCGGAGGAGCGACUGGACACGCCCGUCGGUGAGAAGGAUGACGCGGCAGGAUUCACAGAUGAAAGGAGACGGGGUGGCGAUGCGGACGUUGCGGCCAGGGGAACGGAAUCUGAACCGACUUCCAGUGAGGCUGGGAAUCAGAGAUCAGAAUUGCCGGCGGAGGGUCGAGACGCGGGUGAGGCAGCCGCAGGGCGGGAAGGGGUGGCUUCUGCGGAUGGGCAAGCGGAGAGCGCGGGUGGGGGGGAACUGGGUGGAGACGAGGGUUCUCCAAGGUGGGGGUUGGCGCGCGGGGAGGGUGGCGCUGGGGAGGCGGAAGGGCACGCGCAGGUGGCGGCAGGCGGAGCCGCAGACGGGGUAAGCGGGGAUCGCCCGGCGGCGAGUGCAGCUGCGGGUGCCAGCGAGGAGGUGAGGGGAGGGGGAAGCGAGGAGGCGGAGGAAGAGGAGGAUCGGGAGAGCAGCGGGCGGGAGGUGGCGUCGCUGCGGCGGCAGUUGGCGCAGCAGCGGGAGGUGAGCGCUGUGAGGGAGACGGCGCUCGUGGAGGAGCUGACGUGGAUGAAGGGCGAGCUGACGCGGCUGCAGACGGCAGCGCGGGAGGCGGAGAAGGGGAGAGAGGAAGCGGAGAGGCGGAGAGCGGAGGAGGAGCGGAGGCGAGACGAGGAGGCGCAGAAGCUGAGCGCGGAGAGUGGCGCGCGGGAGAAAGCGCGGCGGAAGGCGGAGGGGGAGGUGGAGCGGCUGCAGGUGCUUUGCGCGCAGCUGCAGGCGUCGCUGGCGGAGGCGGCGGAGGGGCGCGAGGCGGACGCGAAGGCGCGCGAGCAGAUGGCACGGAGGGUGGAGCGGAUGGAGGACGAGCUGGAGGCGGAGCGCGUGAAGGCGCGCAGCCUGCAGGCGGAGAUGGCGGACGUGGAGGCGGGCGCGGACGAGGAGAUGGGGGAGCUGGAGGAGCGCGUGGGCGCGCUGGAGGCGCGCGUGGCGGAGGUGGAGGGGGAGAAGAAGGGCAUGGCGCGGGCGGCGGAGGAGGAGAGGCGGGAGUGGCGGAGGAAGGUGGAGGCCGCGGAGGCCAUGGCGAGUGCUGCUGCCGCCGUGCAUAAGAAGGACCUGGAGGUGCGUGGUGGGCACACAGGAAGGGCCGGGGGUGGGCACAGAGCUCAUGCGGUGGAGAGGAAGCGGGAUGCAGCGCAGCAGCAGGUGCAGAAGCUGCGCGAGGAGCUGGCGGGGGCGAGCAAGGCGCUGGCGGAGGCGAGGGAGGCGGUGCGGGCGAGUGAGGCGGAGAGGGCGGAGCUAGAGGAGGUGGCGGGGGAGAGAGAGGCGAGUAUGGAGGCUGCUCGCACACAGCUCACUCACCUGCAGGCUGAGUUGGAGGUGGCGCGGAGGGAGGCAGCAGAGGGCGGGGUGAAGGUGGCAGAGGCGAUGGCGGAGGUGUAUGCAGCGAGGAAGGAGGCGCGUGCACGGGGCGUGCAGGCCGAGGAGACGCAGCAGCUCGAGGCAAAGCUCUCUGCCGCCACGGCUGCUGCUGCCAGCGCAACGGCAGAGGCGGAGGAGCUGAAGGGGAGGGUGGCGGCAGGGGAGCGGGAGGUGAAGGCCGUGCGGCGUGGGCUUGCUGCUGUGGAGGCUGAGCUGGCACUGGCCAAUCAGAGAGCGGCGGAGGCGGAGCAGCAGGCCGAGGAGGCCAAGAGGCAGCGUGCGCAGGCGGAGGGCACGAGUGAGCAGCUGAGGGAGGAGACGGAGCGGCGUGCAAAGAUAUUCAACGCCGCUGUCAAGGCUGCUGUCAGCAGGAUACAGUCGGAGUUGGAGGAGGAGCGGGACGAGGCGUUGCAGCAGGUGCAGCAGCAGGGGGAGGCGAUGGAGCAGAUGAGACAAGACAUGCGAGCUCUGGAGGUGCGGUUGGUGGAGGUGGAGGGGGAACGAGUAGCACUGGAGAAGAAGGGGGAGGAGGCGGAGGGCAGGGAGGUGCAGCAGCGGGUGGUGGUGGAGCGACUGAGGAGGGAGGUGGAGGAGGGGGAGGGGCGCUUGAGAGCAGCGGUGGCGGAGGCAGAGGGGGAGAGGCAGGCAGGCAAGCAGCUGCAAGGCAAGCUGGCAGAGGCGGAGGCGAGGAGGGCAGAGGCAGAGGCGGCAGCGGGGGCGAGAGAGAAGGAGGUGGAGGCACUGCGGCAGCAGGUGGCUGACAUGCAGCGCGAGAGCACUUCGCUCAAGGUGGCAGCGCUAGAGGCGUCCAACAGGGCAGGGGAGGAGGAGCGGCGGCUGCAGAGGAAAAUCAGCGAGUUGGAACAGCAGGUGGCCUCUGCUGCUGCCCGCGCUUCCAAGGCGGAGGAAGCUUCUGAGAAGGAAGGGCCCAGGAGGGGGAGCAAUGAUGGCGCGGGGAGCAGUGGGAGCAGCACGGCAGUGGCGUCAUCGGCCAAGGCGCGGGCGGGUGGGGGUGGGGGUGGGGGUGGGAGUGGGGGAGCAGGGUGGAGCAACCCGUUGGAGGGGUUGGGGCUGGAGGCGGUGCGGUGGAAGGAUAAGCUCAAGGCGGAGGGCGAGGGUGACGUGGAGGCCGGACUAUCAUCCGCCGACAAAUUACGAAAGUCGCGACUUACGCAUUCGAGUCAGAAUCUGUCUGCCACGUCAGCAGGCACACUGGCCUCACUGGUUGGCUCGGCCCGCCGCCUCUUCUUUGAGGAUGAUCGUAUUUCUGCUGCGCCUGGGAGAGUGUCUCGCCGCACCUUCCUUCUACUUGCUUAUGUCUUCCUCCUCCAUCUCAUGACCUCCACUGCAGCCAUGGCGGACCCUCCAUCUCACUCCGGGCGACCGCCGCGCACGCCGCGGACCCCGACGCUUCGCAGCAUCCCGACGUUGCGACGCGGGAUGAGCAAGCGAGACUGGGAGCUGGAGAAUGACGACAAGGAGCGACGGCGGCGCGAGCGGAAGGAGCAGAAGUUGGAGCGGAAGCUGCACGACCUGGAAUCGGAGGAUGACGCGGAGCGCAGCGAGGAUGAACCCGGUCACCACCACCGUCGCAAGGGACCCAAAGUGCCGAUGCUGAAGAAAUUUAAGCAGACGAUGAAGAAGAAGAAGUACCAGAAGCUUCUGGAGAAGCUUCAGGAGAUUCAGGACGAGCGGACGGAGGAGGAGCUGGCGAAGGUGGGCGAGCUGCGGAAGGUGCUGGCGGAGAAGCACCUGCUGCCGCCCAGAUUGAACGAGCACCACAUGCUGCUCAGGUUCCUGAAGGCGCGCAAGUUCGACAUGGAGAAGACGACGGAGAUGUGGGCCGCCAUGCUCCAGUGGCGCGACGAGUUCGGCGUCGAUGAGUGCCUCAAGUUCGAGUUCCCGGAGCUGGCGGAGGUGAAGCGCGUGUACCCGCACGGGCACCACGGCGUGGACCGCGAGGGCCGCCCCGUGUACAUCGAGCUCAUUGGGCGCGUCGACGCCACCAAGGUGCUGGGAAUAACAACGAUGGAGCGGUUCCUCAAGUACCACGUGAAGGAGUUUGAGCGCACCUUCGCCCUCAAGUUCCCCGCCUGCUCCCUCGCUGCCAAGCGCCACAUCGACCAGACCACCUCCAUCCUCGACGUCGCUGAAAUGGGCAUGAAGAAUUUCUCAGCAGAUGCGAGGAACUUUCUGGCCAUGGUGUCAAAAGUAGAUGGCGAUAAUUAUCCAGAGACGUUGAACCGGCUGUUUGUGGUGAAUGCGGGGUUUGCGUUCCGCUCGCUGUGGUCGGGCAUCAAGGGCAUGCUCGACCCCAAAACCGCCUCCAAGAUCCAGGUGUUGGGCACGGAUUACAAGAAGAAGCUAUUUGAAGCCAUCGACCCCAGUCAGCUGCCGGAUUUCUUUGGCGGCACAUGCACGUGCGAGGGCGUGGAGGGCGGGUGCCUGAUGUCGGACAAGGGCCCGUGGCGGGACGGGGACAUCCUCAGGGUCGUGCGCCUGCAGCGCACGGGCACCCUCAGCGGCGGCAACCCCGAGGACUUGCUGCGAGGGGGGCGCAUCCGCUGGCAGUCGGGGCAGUUCAAGAUGGACGCGGAGGACAUAGGCGACACGGGCAGCGAGGUGUCGGACCUGGACGACCUGGGCACGCCCUCCUUCAGUGGGCUCACCACGCCCAACUUCACCCUGGGCCAACACGACCUGCACAACCUCGACCUCCAUCUCAACUCGCUCAACUCAAAUCCGUUUUUCAACGACCCCACCACGCCCUCCUCCGCCGCCGCCGCCUCGCUCACCCACGCCGCCUCCGCGCGCCGCUCCGCCAGCAUGCAGCGCCGCGCGCCCGCCUCCACGCACCGCGCUGCAGGGCCGUCCCUCUCAGGCUCCGCCACGUCCAGUGAUGACGAGCGCGAGGUGUCCCGCACGGGGUCCGUGGCAUCGGAUGACCGCAGCGGCGAGCUGAGCUCCACCGGCAUGAGUGCGGGCGCGGGUAAACGGCUGAGUGUGGGCGUGGGGGAGGUGACGUCUGGGGCGGGGAGCGCCGGUGGGCGGGCGAGCGGCACGCCGGGAUCAGCUGUGUCGGCGUUGAGAGCGGGCGGCAGGGGGAAGCAGGUGUCGACUCCGCCAUCCAGAAACUACGGCACAUCAGCAUCAGCAUCAGGCGGGGCAGCCCUGGCAGGCGUGGCCAUGAUGGCGCCCUCGUCCUCCCCCGCGCCCGACUCACUGGCAGCAGCCACGGGGCUCGUGUCGCUGCUCAUGUCCUUCUUCUCUGCCGUUGCCAACCUGCCGCUCCUCUUCUCCCGCAUCGUCAUCACCGUCACGCCGCCCGCUCACCGCCUGGAGGGCGGCAGCGGGGCGGGAGGGGGGGCGAUGGCGCCGCCCGGGGCGCAGGAGAUGCUGACGCCGGAGCAGCUGCUGCGGCGCGUGCAGGAGCUAGAGAGCCAGGUGGAGAAGCUGGCAUCCAGCCCAUCCACGCCCGCGCUGGCCCCGCGCCCAGAGCCGCCCCCCCCGGACUGGCCGCAGCCGGCAGUGGAGCGCGUGACGGCCCUGGAGUCAGAGCUCGCCACCACCAAGAAGAUGCUGAAGGAGCUGUUGGACAGCCAGGAGCAGCUGAGAGUGCUCAUAGAACAGCUGCAACUACGCAAGCAACGGAGAUUCGGCGGGUGCUUUGGCCACCACCAAUUCUUCUCUCCCCUGGCACCAGUCACCCUCCCCGCGCUCAUCAACGUCUCCCCCUCUCCCGCCGCUUCCGCGCGCGCUUUUCCCCCCGGCCGCAGGUGGGGGUGGGCGCAGGGCGCGGGGGAGACGCAGCUGCGCGCGGAGUACGACAGCCAGCUGUUCGACGGCGUUGUGACGGUGCUCGUGACCACCGAUGAAGUCAAACUGCUGGUGCCGACACCGGACGAGCUGAAGAAGCCCAACCCCACCUUCGACUACGCGCCCUACCGCGAGCGCUUCCCCCUGCCGCAGGGCUCGGCGCGCUUCACAGCCAUCAGCCACGUGGACGUGUUCUACGACCCGCUCGGCUGCCUGCCGCUGGGCGACCUCGCCGCCACGCCCCUCGCCGCCUCCACCGCUCUGCAACGCAUCCCACCGGGCGUGCAGCACAUCUGCCACUCGUGCUUCUUCUACUUCACCUUCUCCUUCCUCUCGCCGCGUGAUGCCGACGCCGUGGGAGCGGGGUGCCAGCGCAUGUCCGACAGAUACAGUGUGUGCGCGCCUGACAGCAUCCCUGCUGCGUUUGGGGCGGCGCCGGGGGGUAUUCCCGAGGUGCAGCGGGCGUCGGGGUUUCUGUUUUCCGACUCGGGGCUGGCCGAGGAGGACAGGACCUUCAAACUGCGCGAGCCCUCCCGCUCCCUCGCCCACAUAGCACUGCCGGGGGUGGGGGCGUUGCUGACGUUCAACACGACGCCGCAGUGGGACGAGGCGCUGCAGGUGUGGCAGCCCAAGUACUACCUGGCCACCAACGGAUCCAAGGUGGUGGGCGUGGGGCAGGCGGUGACGACAACGCUGAUCAACGAGGCCUACGUGGCGUACGAGACCAAGCGCACCACCUACGACGCCUACACGCACGCCCUCCUCUCCCCCGCCUCUGCCGCGGCCACGUAUGGCGCGCUGGGAGUGGCGGGCGCCUUCCCCAAGGACCUAUCCUUUGCCCUCGCCUCGCCCCGCCAAGGCACCUUCCAAGUCGUCGCCUCUGGCUUCUCCCAGGUGACACCCAAGUCGGCGCCUCUCCAUGCAGCUGUCUCCCUCUCACUGCCUCUGGCAAUCAUUGCUGCUGCUCUUGCUGCUCUCCUCUGA